CAUAAAUUAGUACCGACCAAACAUAUUAGCAAAUAUUUGUUUCCUUUAAUACUAAAAAUGCGCAUGUUAGAAAAGAAAAAGCAUCUUUAUUGUUAACCUUCGAUAUGUUGGUAAGGUAUCUUACAAUUUACAGUGACGCUUUUCUUAUGAUUCGCACUGUUUCUGUGCUGAAGUAUUAAAAAUAUCUUAAAUGAAGAUCAGAUAGAAUCAUGUUUCUGAAAUUUGGUGAAAAAACUUCGAGUUUCAUGCGAAUUCAUUGAAUCUUCAAAUGUGAUCUCUUUGUUUACAUUACCCCAAGCUUGCUCACUACCUACCACUCCAUAAAGAAAUUUAUUCAUAAUGGAAGAGAAUAUUGCCAAAUUAAAGUUAUAUUGGAACGAGAAUGAAUCAAUUGUUGCUGAUGUUGUUUUAAACGUGAAUACUGAAAACGAUAAGUUUCCCAUCCCUGUAUUAAAUCUUAGUAAUAAUACUUGGAAAUUAUUAAAUUUUCUUGAAAUGAAAGACGAUGAUCAACCUAGAAAACAUGCUGGUAGUGAUUCAAAUAAAGAGGUGUUUACUAAAACCACAUCAAAGCCAAGAGCACCUCUGCAAGCGUUGCAUGACGAAGGAAAUAAUACAAUUUUAAAAACAAAAGAAAAUAAUGUGAAUACGUCUCCGAAACAGUUUCGAGAGCGACCUACAAUCGGGGAUGAGAAUGCAUUCAGUUCUCCUACCAAGAGUUAUCAAUUGGGUGAUAAACAGGAGUGUGAGUAUGUGGAUGAGAGUUCUGAAACACUUGAUCUUCAAGGAUGGUUUACUGUUGAAAACGAAUUGGGGCAAAGAUCUUCCAUUGAGCACGAAUGCGAAAACGUAGCUGAAGAUUACUCCGAAUUCGACGACCUGUCUUCUAAUUCUGAAAAUGCUGAUUCUUACCUAUUUCCUUCAAGAAGUGAUCCUUUUUCAUAUUUGCUAGAGAAUGGGUCUCUCACCACUCUUUCCAUGACUUCAAACGAUAUGAUUUCCACGUCUUCGUUGAACGAUGAUACAUCAGAAGCUUCUCACGAUAAAGCAUUAGAUUUGGAAAAGGACGAAAAACAUAAUCUUCUGGACAGUGAUUCAGAAUUACAUUUGCAAGAAACGAACCAAGUAGGCAUAUCUAAAGAAGAUGAGGAGGUAUCCGAUGAAACCUCAAUUCUUGUGCAUCCAACAGAAAGCUUUACAUUAGAGAAUGAUUGCUUAUAUUAUAAUCCACAACAUUUAAAACCAGAUGAAACUGAUUCAGGCUCUUUAAGGAAUUCACAACCCACUAAAAUAUGGUUAAUGCUAAAGGCAAAAGUCCUCUUUGAUGAGAUGGAUCAGUGUUAUCGUAUUCCUUUGAAUUUUUUUCUUCCGACAUAUCGUGUCGAUCUUAAUCUGAUUAUUCAUUCAUUAAUAAACCUAAACUGGAAUGCCCAAGUUUCGUCUGGACACUUUGAUACGCAACUCGAACAGUCUUCGAAUGCUUCAAGAGGAACGUCUUCUUUCUCGGCACAAUUAUCUGCUUCUUCAUUGUCAAGCGUUGUCUGGUAUACAAAAGAAUCCGUCACGAGUGUCAAGGUUCUUGAAACAACCAUCUCAGUCUGUUUGCAAGAGGAUUUAUCAUCUUUCAAGCAUUUAGAGUACGAAAUUCAGUGUAUUUGUGCUUCUCCAAUUACAGAAAAUAGCACAUUCACCAUACUCGCUCCAGAGUCUUAUGUAUUGAAGAAUGUUUUCAGUAAUUGUUUGAAGUUUGAAUUUGAACAGCAACAAAAUGGAGAGGAACUAGAUAUAUUAUUCACAAAAGUUUGCCAUGAUUCAGAUAAUUCGUCAAAUAACACGCCGCAUGCGCUUCAAAUACAAUUAAUGGAUACCACUGAUGCGGUUACAAAGAAUCAAAUACAGCCUAUUCCAAUCGUGAAACAUAUGAACCAGCCUACAAAAGUUACAUUUGGAAAAUUAAUAUCGGAUUAUCAAAUCUUUCUUUAUGAUAUUUAUGGGAUAUGCCAGACGAUGGCAUUGGGAUGUUGCGAAUUCACGUAUAAUAAAGAUAAGAAGUAUGGGUUUACCAUGACCCAACGAAAGCAUGGAUCUAAAGCAACGGUUCAGAAUCCAUUUGUUAACACUCGUAUAAAAAAGAAUUGUUUAUUCCCUGUCUUUAAAGUGUUUGAUGAUUUUGAAGAAUAUUUACAGCUUGUAUUUUCUUGUAUAUUGAUUUUGGAUCCUGAAGAUCAAACUGACAUAUUAAAGCUUAAGUUACCGGAGCAAGCUCGAUUAACGUGGGUGAUUGAAGGAAGUCAUGACUACUUGACGAACGUUUAUUAUUCGGAUGGGAUAUGUAGAAUCGCAAACUCACCGAUGAAACAAAGCGUUUCCCUUCGAAUAGGUAUGCUAGUCCCUCUGGAAAAGAAGAAAGAAGGAAUGUCAUUUAGAUUACCAGCUAUUCUCGACUAUACGCUGAAUCAUGUGGUGGUUGACAUGGAAGGGUUGAGAUAUCAGGUCUCAGCAAUUGAAGUUGACAAGCGGAUACAUUUAAAGCCCUUGCAACGAUUGGAAUUUAAGUUGCUAAGAAACGUAUCAGUUUUGUUUAUACUGAGAGAUGAAACAGCGAGAAAGAAGAGGACAGCUAAAAGAACACAUACGGAGACAGAAAAUGAACACAAAGUAGAUGUUUCAUCAAACUUCUUAAAGGAAACAUUAGCCAUUUGUUCUCUAGUUGGGUAUUUAUUGAUUUUUUACCAAGUAUUUAUGAAACAAGUUUAAACGAGCGUUUACGAUAGAUAAAACAGGAAAUAAAUGAUUUGAAAACUACUUGAUUACCUUUUCACACAAAGAUCUAGAAAAC